UAAUGAAGUAGAAAUACGCCUGUUAAUUGACGAUUAUCACCAAUAGCAACAAUACUGAACCAAAAACCAACGAUUAUAGACUAGCUAGUUACUAUUGCUGAGAUACUGCUGCUGUGUGUACAAGACACGUAUGUACGACAUGUAAGAAUGAAUGAGUGAUGGACAAGUCCUCCAAAUAUCCACUCUUUCCUUCAAUCCCGAACAAUUACCUCCCCCCAACACCCACCCCCACUCCUCACCAUUUAAAUAGGCGAGCUUACGGCUCCAGUACAGGUCAUGACUCACCUCAAAGAAGCUGCAUAGACACUCCUCUGAGUCUGUAUGCAUCCACAAGGACCAGACUGAGAGAAGAAAUAGACAGCUAUGCCUCUGUUCCUGUACCAUGGAGACGAAAAAGCAUUCAGGUCCCCCUCUCAGCAUUGUGUGCACCAAAGGCAGUUCUAGGGGCAGUGGGAGGCACAUUCAACUCCACUACUAAAGUCAAGAGUUUCCCAUUGCCUUCAAUCUACAAUCGCCACCAGUUAUCCAGUCGCGGAGUUCGCAAUGUUGGAUUACACACCGACAGGUACUUGCCAACUACUCGCUCAAAAACAAGACGAACUGUAUCAGACUCACUAGUAAAUUUUUCAAGAAUAGGCACAAAACAAAGUGAGCACCUGAUCCGUUGUGAAACUGGUAUCAUGUUCAGUCGCAAAAUUCAAAAAGACGGAGAAGUAACGCCUCACAGGGUGCAACAGUCGUAUUAUAUGAAUGGACGCACAGCCCAACUUUUUAACAGAGAGGAAAUUCCACAGAAUGAGCUAGAGGUUUUACAGAAAAUGGCACUCUCUCAAAAUACUCGUCUCUACUACGGCAAAGGGAUUCAAUCGUUUGGAGGGAGAACUAGUAAAAUCGUGAAACAGUUCGAGGACAGACUGCAAGAGACGAUAUCUGCAAAUAAUCAUGGUAGUUAUACUACUUUGGAGGACAUUGAUGCUAAUCGAUACAGUAGAGCAAGCAGAGCAGUGACACCCGGUUCCCCUAUCAUUGAGGAGAAUGAACAUGAAACUGAGCAAAUAACUAGCAAGGUGCCCUCGGAUACAACCUUCAUGACAGAACAAAACGAUAACAAUCAACCGUAUACAUGACGUUUGUAUAGAUAGAUCUACUACAGUUUUUAUGUUCAACAAUGUCAUGUUGUAGAAAUGUUUCACAAAAGGGCAUAGCCUGGGAUCUA